AUUUUCGGACGAGUUCAAGGUGAGAGAAGAUUUAAUGGGCCUUGCUAUAGGUGCGCACGGCAGUAACAUACAAAGUGCACGAAAGCUUGAUGGCAUAUUGAACAUCGAAUUGGAAGAAAAUUCUUGUACUUUCAAGAUAUCUGGUGAGUCUAGUGAAGCAGUGAAAAAGGCUCGAGGAAUGCUCGAGUAUAGCGAAGAGUCACUACAGGUGCCCCGAAAUCUGGUCGGUAAAGUUAUCGGUAAAAAUGGGCGUAUUAUUCAAGAGAUUGUGGACAAGAGUGGUGUGGUGCGCGUGAAGAUCGAAGGUGAUAACGAGCCUAAGCCAAGCUUGCCACGCGAAGAGGGCCAGGUACCGUUCGUGUUUGUUGGAACAGUUGAAUCCAUCGCCAAUGCUAAAGUGCUAUUAGAGUAUCAUUUAGUGCAUUUGAAGGAGGUGGAACAGCUACGUCAGGAAAAAUUAGAAAUCGACCAACAGUUACGUGCGAUUCAAGGAUCGAGUAUAGGAUCGAUGCAAAACUUUACAAUGAAUCGACGAUCGGACCGAUCAUAUCAGUACGAUGGAGAUGGAUUAUCGCGAUCGUACCGAGGAGGAGGGUUGCGAGGUCGCGGUGGAAGGGGUGGCAGAGGAUUGACUCUUAAAUACUCUGAGAGCCCUACCGAGCCGGCCCGUCAUCUGCCGGCCAGCGCGACCGCGAUCCGCAUGGCCUCCGACCCGGAAUUCGGUGACAGCUGGGGUGACUCGGCGGGGUCUUUCGCGUUCACCGGUGACACGGAGCAGUGGCCGAACUUUCUGUCCAAUUUCAACAGAAGCACACGGAUGUGUGGCUUCACGGGAGACGAGAAUAUGAUGCGACUGGAGAGGAGUUUACGCGGGAAGGCGUACGAGACGGUCAAGUUUCUCCUACUCCACCCGGACAACGUGGGGAAGGUGAUCGCCACCCUAAAGAUGCGCUUCGGGCAGCCCCUGCGCAUCGUGCACGCACUAACGGAGAAAAUAAGUCGUCUACCACCCAUCAGGGAAGGACGCUGGGACGGGCACAUCGACUUUGCGGUAGCGGUGCAGAACUGUGUGGCGACCAUCGAAGUCUGCGGGGCACCGGAACACUGCUUUAACAGCCGGUGCAGCCGCUUCAUCAACAUGGAUACAGAGAAACGUUGGCAGGUUGCCAGGGAGAGUCGUUUGUGCUUCGUCUGUCUGCGACGCCAUAAGGGUGCAUGCGGAUCCUAG